UUUUACCCUACACUCUUCUUCCGAAGAACAGAAACAUGUCAACACAGAUCAAGAAAAAGGGAUGGUCUCGUGCUAAACGUCAUGCCCAGAAGAAAGAAAAGUGCACAGUGUUCCCCCUUGUGAGGUAUAAUGAAUUUCGUCAGCCUGUUUGCCAGGUUUGUAAUGUUGUUAUGGAGUCUAUAAGUGCACACCUUACUUCUCUUCAGCAUCUUGAGGUAGUGAGUAAUCUGAAAGCUAACACUGUUGGGUCUACUCCGCAUAACAAUGCAGAGCCUGUUACUGAUACCAACUAUCCCAGAGCUAAUCCAGAACGACCUUCAAACUCACGAUGCCAACUGCCUGAAUGUUCACCAGAACUCCUUAAACGUCAGUCACCGUUGGUGCUUCAACCAGGUUUUUGUGCUGAAGUUGAUAAAAUAAAGACAAGAUCUGUUUCAAAAGUAAUCAAACUGAUGGAUCCUCCUGAAAAACAAGAAUCCAACUACAAACCUGCGAGGAAGAAGUCCAAAAAUUUUACUCCCAUGGGUGAAGCUUCAAGACCUUUGAAACCUGGCAUACCACAAGAAGCAAAGCCUAGCAGCUUCAGAAUCAAGAAGACCUCCAAUCAGUUAUCAACACCCAGAAGAUCUAAAAGAAUAAAGCAUGUGGCAGAUAAAACCAUAAAAAAUGUGCAUGAAGAAUCUCAGUCCAAGGAAUUAAUGCAGAGGCCUGCAGCAGAAAAUUUACAAGCAGAUGUCAAAGAAGUCUCUUCAGAUGUUGACGGCCUAGUAAUCUACCAAAGAAAAAGACUAACUCAAAAGAUGGCUUCCGGUAAAACGAGCAAUUCUCCAUCAUUAUCAAAGCAGACUGCUCCUAAUGAGCCUUCAACUGCUGCAAUUUCAAGCUCUGCUGUUGCAUCGCCCCCUCAUCAAAUUCAAGAUCCUCCUGCGGCUAUGCCAGCCAACAUUGAUGCAACACAUAUUAAAAAUACAAAUACUGCUGACCCAAUGUUGAGUGAAAACCUUUUUGAAGCUGUUGGGAAGUUUGACCCUCCUGAAGCGAAUGCUCAAGAACAGGUUGCUUCCAGCAAGAAUCAAGAAUCUCCAGAUCAAGUUUACCCUAUAACUGAUGAAGUCUCUACUGUAAACGUCCCACUCAAUCUAGAAGCUAUUAACAAGAUGAUCGAAGAUGACCCUUUGAGUGCUCUUGAAUAUAUCCUAUCAGGGAAUGUUUCCUUUUCUAAGACUCAGCAAUCUACUACUCAAUCAGAACCACCAAAAGUUCAAAGCUCCACUGUAGAUGCUUUGUCUAAAGAACUGAAAGACUUGAUUCAGACCUUUAGUUUAGUUAAUUUUGCCACAGACUACAAACAAAUGUCAAAGGUCCUAUUUAUUCUUGAUGAGCUGCAGAAGAAUGAGAAGUUCCUUUCUCUUGCCCAGCAAACAUUCAUAAAGGGCUUCAGACUCUUCUUCAACAAUGCUGUUGUGCACCAUAAAGAAUGUGAUAUAGCUGGAAUCAAGAAAAUUGAACUGAGCCAAGCUAAAGAAAAUAUCCUUCUCAAACUUCAAGAAGCUAAACACACUCAGGAGCAAAUUACUACGACCAUUUCAAAUGCCAACGAAAAGGUCAAUGAAAUUUCUUCAUAUAUUGAAGAACUUGAAAAACAAUUAUCAAAACUGAAGAAAGAGAGGGAGACCUUUCAAUUGGCUAUCAAUGAAGGAGGGAAACAAAGGGAGAUAUUAAAGAGUGGAAGCGUCUUAUGGGCUCAUCAAGCUAAAGACCUGGUUUUUGAUCUUGCAGAGACUGAGACCCAGCUGAAAACUCUUGGAGAACAACUUGAAGCAGACAAAGAUGCAUAUGUCCAGUUUAAAGCAUCUUUUCCUUUUUAA